AUGAUGACUAUGAGUGAGGCUCUAGUCCACAAAAGGAACAUAUUGCUUAAGUUCUGCCUGUGGAAGAUGUUCUUCUCUGCAUGGUCACCAACUGGACAUUCUAGGUACAGUAGCCUUCCAGAAGUAGUGAUACCCUUGAGGGUCAAUGUCACUGACAGAAAUAAUAUUUCCCGUGGUUGGCUGUCCUAUAGCCUGCACGUGGGGGGACAGAGACACAUAAUCACUAUGAAACCAAAGAAAAACUUGAUAUCCAGAAACUUCUUAUUACUCACUUAUAGUGAACAAGGAGAUCCAAUUGAAGAACAGCCUUUUGUGCAGAAUGAAUGCUACUACCAUGGCUAUGUGGAUGAAGACCCAGAAUCCCUGGUCAUUGUUCACACCUGUUUUGGGAGUUUGCAAGGCAUACUAGACAUAAAUGGCACAAUCUAUGAAAUCAUGCCCAAGAGCUCAACUUCAACAUUUGAACAUCUGGCUUACAAAAUGGACAGUGAGGAGUCAGAAUCAAUUCCCAUUAGAUGCGGGUUAACCUAAGAUGAAAUAGCAAGGCAAAUGAAGUUUCAAGAAAGAGUUGCCCCAACAUUUUGGAAAAUCCCACUAGACAAUUGGUGGACCCACCACAUGUUUAUUGAUUUUUAUGUUGUAAUAGACCAUAAACGAUAUGUUUAUAGAAAGAACAAUAUCACAACUUGUCUUCAAGAUAUGUUGGAAAUACUCAAUGCACUAAAUGGGUAUUAUCUUCAAAUGGAUAUUGAUGUGAUUUUAACAAAACUUCAAAUUUGGAGCCAAAGAAAUCUUAUCAAUGUAGAUCAAAAUAUCCAUAAACUCCUAGGUGACUUCUGCUAUUGGAAGGCAGCCUCAAUUGGCAAUCAAAUUAGACAUGAUGCCAAACACUUUUUUGUUAGACAUCAUUAUAAAUAUUUAGGGAUAGCUUUUACACGUGCAAUUUGUUUAACUGAUAAUUGUGCAGUUAACAGUUUUAUAUCUGAUAACAUGUUACACAUCGCAUACCUUGUAGCACAUGAGAUGGGUCACAAUUUGGGUUUUCGGCAUGAUGAAGAGGAAUGUGUUUGUGGGAUAGAAAAGAAAUGCAUAAUGUACCCAACUCUACCACAUCACCCCAAAUUCAGUAACUGUAGUUUUAAUUAUCUGCAAUCAAAUAAAUAUCAAAUAUUUUGCUUAUACGAUACACCAGAAACUCCAGAAACACUAGUAACAACAAACCUGACCGAAUGUGGGAAUUACUUGGUUGAGGAAGGAGAACAGUGUGAUUGUGGGAGCUCUGAAUCCUGUUCAGAAGAUCCAUGCUGUAGUGAGGACUGUGUUCUCAAACCUGAUGCUCAAUGUGCUUCUGGGCUUUGUUGCCAACAUUGCAAGUUCCUUCAAACAGGCUCAGUGUGUAGAAAAGAGAAAAAUGAGUGUGACCUUCCAGAGUCGUGCAAUGGAACUUAUGAGUGUCCAACAGAUGUGUAUAAAGAAGUCGGAAGCCCUUGCAGUGGUGAUGGUUAUUGCCAUAAGAUGGAGUGUCAUCAUCCACUCCAUCAUGAUGAACAGUGUCAGAAGAUUUUUGGCAAGGGAAGUCGAAGUGCACAUGGAAUUUGCUAUCUGGAAGUGAACAAACGGGGUGACCGUUUUGGUAACUGUGGUAUUGAUACCUAUGAAUACAGAGAAUGUGAACAUGCUGAUGUACUCUGUGGGCGAAUUCAGUGUGAGAAUGUGACAAAACUUCCCCAAAGGAGAAACCAUGAAACAUUGCAUUUCACUCACUUCAGUAAUAUCCCGUGCUGGACUAUAGACUAUCAUUUUGGGAUAACCUUACAUGACAUUGGAGCAGUGAAUGAUGGCACAGCUUGUGGUCCACAGCAUUUAUGUAUUGACAGAAAGUGUGUCUACUUGUCGAGUCUGUCAAGUGUACCAACUCCUGUGCCUAGUGUACCAGCUCCUGUGCCUAGUGUACCAGCUCCUGUGCCUAAUGUACCAGCUCCUGUGCCUAAUGAACCAGUUCCUCUGCCUGAUAUACCAGCUCCUGUGCCUACUGUACCAGCUUCUGUGUCUAGUGGACCAGCUCCUGUGCCUAGUGGACCAGCUCCUGUGCCUAGUGGACUAGCUCCUGAGCCUUCAUCUCCUUCCAAUUGGAGUAUGUACUUGAUAGCUUUUUUAGUUAUGUGUGUGCUUGGCUUAAUUUCUUUGUAUGUCCUAUUUGAAUUAAGGAUAUUACCUCUAAAAAAAGUGGUGCCAAACACAGAAUCUGGUGAUAGACAUCUUACCUGA